GAUCGGUUUACGUGUGCAUAAAAUUAAAUUCAGCGGUUAAGGCACGCAGUCAUAUUUCAGUUGGAGUUGAUUAAAGUCGGUUGGAUAUGUAAUAUUUAAGACUGUUACAGUUGUUAUGAAGACCAUGUCACUAGAAAGGGCCCAAAACACUUGCAACCUUCAUGGCGCCAAGACCGUUUUCGCAGUUAUUGUCAUAUUCAUGGGGUUGAUUGUUGUCUCACUGACCUUCUCAUGGCUUGAUAUAUUGCGUAUUAACCGUUUCGUGACAGAUUUGCUCAAAGAGAGCUCUGAUAGCAGCCAAGAUGAUUGCUUUAACUGUUUUCCAAUGGACCUCAGAUCGAUGAUAUCACCAGAUCGACUGUGUGACGGCGGAAAAGUCGACGUAUUACUACUUGUUUUAUCAUCUGUCACCAACAGGUUGGCCCGAGACGCAAUCCGUUCCACAUGGGGGUCUCUCUGUAACUCACUGAAUUCCAGCAUCCGCCUCGCCUUUGUGAUCGGAAACAAUUUGAACAAAACAUACAACUCAUUUUUGCUGGAAGAAAGUAACGAAUUCCAUGAUAUUAUUCAAGCAGAUUUUCGCGACACCUAUGCUAAUCUUACAUAUAAAACAAUGAUAGGAUUGAAAUGGAGUGUCACACAUUGCUCAAGUGUAAAAUAUGUUAUGAAAACUGACGACGACAUGUUCGUUAACACUGAGUUGUUGCCUAUUUUGUUACAAGCUGCGCCGAACAGAAAUUUCAUGGGAGGCUCUUGUUGGGGACCAAGUUCCCCACACAGACAGACUUCCUCGAAGUGGCAUGCGUCUUUAAGACAGUAUAGGAAGCCAUUGUACCCACCCAUGUGCAGCGGAACAGGAUACCUGUUGUCUAGAGAUGUCGUUGGCAAUAUAGUUAACGUGUCCAGGGAUGUACCAUUCUUUCAUUUAGAGGAUGUCUAUGUCGCGAUGUGUGUUAACAAAUUUGCCGUUUCGCCAGUUAGUUUGAAUGGCUUCUCAAUCAUGAUUGGUAGUUUUACGCCCUGUGCGUACCGUAAUUCCGUCAUAACAUCACAUCAAUUAUCACCAGAGACGUUGAAAAAAUAUUGGGCAGACUCAAGAACUUGUCCUCUAUCGCUGUUAAGGCCGGAACAAUUGUUUAAAACUAGUCGAGUUGUUUGAAUUUUGCAUUUACACAUAUAUUUGAACAGCAGUUAAAAAUGCAUUUGAUAUUGCUUACUUAUUUUAAAACAGUAUUUAAAGAUUUUAAAUCUAAUUGGUACAUACACUAUACUGGAGACAA